AUGGGAUCGAAAGUAUGGAUUCAAUGCUCUUUCCUUCGUCAACGAUCGAAGAUUAGCGACCAUGCUGCACUUGUUGAGCGAUGUAAAAUGAGGCCAGCCAGUGGACCACAUGCACCGCUCACAAUAAAAUUAAAAUUACGACUAAGUCAAAUUAUAGAUGUGCAUGAAAUCGAUCAGAUCAUGACAUGUUCCGUAUGGUUGAAGCAGGUGUGGAUCGACGAGAAAUUGUCCUGGGAUCCAAAAAGCUACGGUGGUGUAAGCGUCCUCUAUGUCCCUUAUGAAAUGAUCUGGGUCCCGGAUAUUGUGCUCUACAACAACGCGGACAGCAACUAUAACAUUACAAUUUCAACGAAAGCCACUCUUCAUUACUCCGGAGAGGUCACAUGGGAGCCGCCGGCCAUUUUUAAAAGCAUGUGUCAGAUUGACGUUAGAUGGUUUCCCUUCGACGAACAACGAUGUCAUCUUAAGUUCGGUUCAUGGACCUAUUCGGAAAAUUUGCUGAAUCUGGAAUUACUUGAAAAUGACGUCCGUUAUGUAGAAGAGGUCAACGAGCUUGGAAUUCUCGAUAACGUUACCAUAGCAGAUGAUGGAAUCGAUCUUUCCGACUAUUAUCCAUCUGUGGAAUGGGAUAUAAUGUCACGAGUCGCACGUCGACGAUCCAAGAAUUAUCCUAGUUGCUGUCUUCAGAGCGCGUACAUCGACAUUAUGACCGAAAUUAUCCCGGCUACAUCUAUAUCUUUACCAUUAAUAGGAAAAUACCUGUUAUUUACUAUGGUAAUGGUAACUUUAAGCGUUGUGGUGACUGUUGUAUCACUAAAUUUGCAUUUCCGAACACCUACCACACAUUUAAUGCCGAAAUGGGUGAAAUUCGUUUUUGUUCAAUGGUUACCGAAAAUGCUUUUUAUGAGAAGACCUAUGGACGAUGAUGAAGAGUCUUCCAGCAGUUCCAGAAAGACAAUAGGACCGACUACGCUGGACGGGAAAAUUCCCUUAAACUAUCAUGAACAUCGUGUGAGUUGCGAUAUAGGAAAGAGUCUUGCUAACGCGGCAAUAGACGAUAGGAUACAGAAGCUUUAUUACUCCCCACAACACGAGAUUGAUCAAAUCAUGACGUGCUCUGUAUGGUUGAAGCAAGUAUGGAUGGACAGAAAGUUGUCGUGGGAUCCGAAAAAUUACGGUGGUGUCAGCGUACUUUACGUUCCUUACGAGAUGAUUUGGGUACCAGAUAUUGUCCUUUAUAACAACGCUGACAGUAACUACAAUAUCACAAUUUCCACAAAGGCUACACUUCAUUAUUCUGGACAAGUUACUUGGGAGCCUCCGGCAAUCUUCAAGAGCAUGUGUCAAAUUGACGUCAGAUGGUUCCCCUUCGAUGAGCAACAAUGCCGUUUGAAGUUUGGCUCUUGGACAUAUUCGGAAAGUUUUUUAAACUUGGAAUUACUUGACGGUAACGUGCGCUACGAAGAAGAAGUGAACGAAAAAGGUGUUGUCGACAAUAUAACCAUCGCAGAAGAUGGAAUAGAUCGAAAUCAUCCCAGCGACAUCGUUAACUUUGCCGUUAAUAGGAAAAUACCUGUGUUUUACCAUGAUAAUGGUAACUCUAAGUGUUAUGGUAACCGUAGUCUCAUUGAACAUACAUUUCCGAACACCGACGACUCACGUGAUCCCCAGAUGGGUGAGAGUGGUGUUCCUUGGAUGGUUGCCGAAAAUCUUAUUCAUGAGAAGACAGCAGGACGAUGA